AUGGGCAAAUCCGAUCCGAGCCCGAAGAAUUCUGAAGCGCCCCAGGCCGAUUCGGAGCCGCGAAUCGAGACUAGAUGCAGUUUCUUUGGGUUUCACCCGGAAUGGCUGCAGAAGUUCUGCGUGUUCCCCGUCUUCCUGACGAUCGUCUGCGCGAACGCCUUCGUGCAGGGGAUGGUCGUCAACGGGUUCACGUCGAUCUCGAUUCAAUCUCUGGAGCGUCGCUUCGCCCUGACCUCCACCGAGUCGAGCAUCUUUGCCGGCAGCUACGAUGUGGCCGUCGGGCUUACGCUGAUCCCGAUAGCGUUCGUCGCGAAUAAAGUGAACAAGGUGCGCACGAUGGGCUGGGGGAUGGUGCUCGCCUCGCUGGGCGUCUUCCUCGUCGUCAUCCCGCAAUUCUGGAGCGGCUACUACGAGCCGGGCAGCCCGGAAGGUGACACCUGUGUGGCGAGCCGCGAGCGCGUCUGCACGGAGAAGCGCACCGAAGAUUUCGCCUUCCCGUUGUUGGUGCUCGGGCAGCUGCUGAUCGGUUUCGGUGCCAGCCCGUUGUUCACGUUCGGCUACUCGACAAUCGACGAGUUCGACUCGAAUCAACGGACCGGCAGGAACAUGGCCCUCUACCUCGGCGCGUGUACCCUUGGCCCCGCCAUGGCCUUCCCGAUCGGCACGGCGCUUCUGAAGACCUGGGGUGACAUCGGGAUCACCGAGCCGAAUCACUGGGGGAUCACGAGCGACGAGGAUCCGAGGUGGUACGGUGCGUGGUGGGUCGGAUGGCUGAUGUCUGGGUUCAUCUUCCUCAUCACCGGCAUCCCGUUGACGAUGUUCCCGAAGAAGCUGCGAGACACCGAUAAUCGCAAAGCCAAAGACGAGCUCCAGCCGCACGCCGAUCUGAUGGUCGACCUGUCCAACGACAAGUGGGAGCUGUUCAAGCUUUUCAAGCUGUUCUCCACGAACCCGACGUGCAUGUGCAUCAUCGUGUUCCAAACGCUCGAGUCGUUGCUGAUGAACGGGUUCAUCACCUACGUGCCGAAGUUGCUCGAGAACCUGUUCAGCAUCACGGCCGGGCUAGCGGCGUUGACUACAGGAGUGAUCGUGAUUCCCAUGGGGCUGAUCGGGAAUUUGUUGGGCGGAAAGCUGGGCGAUAUGGAGAAAAAUCGAGUCCCUGGCCUCCUGAAGUGGUGCAUCGCCUGCAUGGCCAUCAACACCCUAUGCGCCGGAUGCCUGCUCCUCCCCUGUGAAGGCACCAAGAUUGCCGGCAUCAACGAAUACUACCGAAACGCGACGAUCAUCACCGGGCUUGAUGAGGACAGCGGCAACGGAAUCUUCAACCGCCGCCUCGGCCCCAACCUCCAGUGCAACCGGAACUGCAGCUGCGACCGCAAGAUGUUCAACCCGGUGUGCGACGAGAGCACGAAGACCUCGUAUCUGUCCCCAUGCCAUGCGGGAUGUCACGUUGAGGAUUUCGAAAAUUCGACGUGGUCGGAGUGCGCGUGCCUGGAUACGUCGGAACGGGUGCUGACGAAGGGCUGGUGUUCCGGGGAAUGUCCGUGGGUCAAGUACGCCUUCUUCGUCCUGUUCGCCGUGAUGGCGCUGUUCACCUUCGCCACCGGACCCUUGAUACAGAAUGCCGCGCUAAAGGUGGUCGCCUUCGAGCACCGCGACGCCUACAUUUGCUACAGCUGGAUGUGGAUGCGUUUUGCCGGCUCGAUCCCCGGCGUGUUGGCGAUGGGCAAGAUCAUCGACACGGCGUGCGUCUACUGGAAGAGCACGUGCUUCGACGAGCAGGGUAGCUGCUCGGUGUAUGACAGCAACAAGAUGCGCAUCUACUUGUUUGUGAUGACCAUCCUCGUCAAGAUCCUCUGCGUGGUUGCGGCAUUCUCCGGCCGCUACUUCUUCAAGCCGGGCACUGGAGACGAUUCGUUGAUGGGCCAAGUUUCCGUUGCCGAUGCCGUCUCGCAGCUUGAAGAUAAAGAGCCGGAACAACUCUCAUCCAAGAAGGCGAACGACCCCAGCUCGCGCAAGUCCACCUCCCAGCAGCCUCGGACCAAAAAAUCCAAGAAAUCGAGCCGCAGAGAGCUCAAGUCGAACAAGACGCAGUCGACCACCCCCGACGGCAAGAAGUCGAAGCGCUCCAAGAGGUCGUCCAAGGCC